AUGGCGCCGUCGCAAAUGAGCUAUGCCCCUACGUUGGGCAAGCUCCUCAAGUCUCUCAACUCCCAACCCUUGGAGGCUUCCAUUGAGUCCCUCAUUUACCUCCUAAAACGUCGCCAAGUCAAGGGUGAUGAUAUCGCCAAUGCCACCGCUCAUAUGCUGCUCCAAGUCGUCGCCAAGUCUAAGUGGCAGAGCGUCGACCAGCUGCUCGCAAAGGUCUCCAACACUGGCCUCAGACUCGCCCAAGCCGCCCCUACCGAGCUAGUCAUUGGCAAUGUCGUCCGCCGAGUGAUGGGUCUCAUUCGUGAUGAGGCUACCGAGGAGAGAAACGCCGACGAGAUGGGCGACUCAGUAUCCGACCUCUCCCAGCUUCCCGCAACGCCCACCAUGUCCUCGAGGCCAGGCCCUACGCCCAUCCGCGCCGGCACCGGACUCCCCAUGUCCAAGUCCAUGUUCAACCUUCUUUGCGUCACAGAGACCGUUUCAUCACCAGCCACCGGCACAUCCACCCCCAUGUCACAGGGUGCAUCUGCCAACAUGCAUGCCCUACGGUCCGAAGUUAUCGAUGGCAUCGAAGAGAUCAUGGACGAGAUUAGCCAGGCGGACGACCAGAUUGCGGGCUUUGCCGACAUCCAGAUUCACCCCGGCGACUACGUUCUCGCCUACCUCCCUUCCCCAACAGUCGAGCGAUUCCUCAUCAAGGCGGCAGCAAAGCGGAGGUUUACCGUCUUCCUCGCUAGCGGCGAGCGUCAAAAACCCGGCGAGGCGCCCCACGCUGCCCUGCGUAAGAAGCUCAACGGUCUCGGGGUCAACACCAUCAGCCUGGCUAGCAACGGCCUGAUGGCUUACAUGCCUCGGGUGAACAAGGUGGUCAUCGGCGCUAAGGCCGUAUAUGCGAACGGAGGUGUUUCCACGGAGAGCGGGUGCAGCAUUGCCGCAAGGGCGGCGCGGGAGUACUCCAAGCCCGUUAUCGUUCUAAGCGGUGUCUACAAGUUCACCCCCGCAGACCCGUCGGAUGACGUGGCCGAGUUCGAGCAGGGAGACUCAUCUGAGUUUGUCGAAUAUGCUGACGGCGAGGCCGUGAAUGCCCUCGAGGUAGAGAACAUCGUGGCUGAGUACCUGCCAGCGCAAUAUGUCGACGUCUACCUAACAAACCUUGGUCCCCAAACGCGAGAUCAUCUUGCCACCAUCAUGGCUGACCACUACAAGUCCGAAGAUAUGGGCUUGUCUUUGCAUCUACCUUAG